AUACGUGUCUUGUCUGUUGUCGUUGCUGGAGGAGUACGACUUCUACGUCCGGUUCCAAUGUGUACAGGUGCUUCUCCUGCUGUUAACGAACUGCCCCGAUAAAUUGCAAGAGUGUGUCCUAGCGGACCCUCGCGGAGUGUCGCGGCUGAUGGAUCUGCUGACAGAAUCACGCGAAAUACUACGCAACGAAGCACUGCUGCUCCUAAUACAACUCACAACAUCCAAUCCCAAUGUCCAAAAGAUUGUUGUCUUCGAGAACGCGUUCGAUAGACUGCUGGAUAUCGUGCGAGAUGAGGGUAAUAGCGAAGGAGGUAUUGUUGUACAAGACUGCCUCCAUCUUAUUCACAAUCUGCUCAGGAAGAACAUCAGCAACCAGAACUACUUCAGGGAAACGGGUAAUCUGGUGCGAUUGAAUCCGUUUUUGGCGCUCCAGGGUGCUCCGCCAGGGUUGGCGAUCCCUGGGAUGGAGAACGAGGCCCCCAAAGCUGAAAACGACUGGGAGGAGCAGAAGAUCACCAACAUGCUCAUGAUGAUCGAACUGGUGCGCAUUCUGGUGACGCCUAACAACCCCAACGCACCCACCAAUCAGAAGGCGAUGCUCAAGCAGAACACCACCGAGACUCUAUACACACUCACGCUCAUGGAGGGCAAGCUGCCACCACGCGUACAAGUACAAGUACGUUGUGCUGUAGGAGAGGCAAUGCGUGGCUGCGCUCCUGCACAGCAACUGUUCAGCGGUACCACCGCAAAAUGUGGUGCUCGGCCUAGGCCUGCUCUAGUGACUCUCGUCGUAGAGUUGUUGGCUUUCCGCAAUCCCUUUGACUACCGGUGUGCCUCACUGUACUGUCUGGAGAGCUUUCUGUUCAAUAACUCUGACGGACAGAUGUUUCUGACCGGAACUUUGAAGCAACCGCCCAAUGCAAACUUAUCACAAGCAACCGAUACACCCCUUGCGGCCGGUGCGCAAAUUUUGAGCGCACUCGCCGACACAACAGACGGCAUCUCCCAUUGGUGCGCUUGCCUGGCCCUCUCGUCAACAAUCCGGGGCAAUUCCCAGGCCAAACAAAUGGCCCUAAAUACGCGAGUUAAACUGGGCGGAGGUACCGAACCUUCCACACAAGCGAAUACAAUCCCUCUGCUGGAGCUUUGUCUGAGAGCUUUCCAUUGUAAUGGGAUGCAGAAGACGCGCGUGUCUGUGUCUGAGUAUAUCUUCCUGUGCUCUUUCCUGAGUGAGAGUCCCACGAAUAUUGCCGCGUAUCUGUCCAAUCAGGAGAAUCUCACGAAUUUGAUCGCGCACUGUCAGGAAGUACCGCGUGCCGGUAGUGCCAACGGGACGUCUGUACUGAUCCCCGGGCUAGCGUCACUGCUCCUGGGUAUUUGUCUACAGUGGACCGAUGCGGGUGCGGAGAACUCGGCCUCUAGCAGGCUGAGCUUGCUGCAAGUGAUUCACCAUGUCAUUGGGGUGGACAAGUACUCUGAGAAUAUCAAGAUGCUGAUCCAGUCAGACUUUUUUGAGGGGGCGCAGUCGUCACACCAAUACGGUGAUGUUACUGUAGGUGUGUGGGUGUUCCGUGUGAUUGCUUAG